CAUGCCCUUGUUUGUGUGGCGAAUUACACCGCGUGCUUGCAAAGAAAAUGCUGUCGUCACCUCGUUAAGCGUCGAGCUGGUCCCGUUACCACAACAUUUGUGGGAGUAGCCAGAUAGAACUGUGAACGGAAGAAAGUUUUCCACACUAAUGGCUUCCUGGGGGAAGGUGGCAGGAGGAAGGCGACCUCCACCAAGCCCCAACGGCGGUAAAGUAAGUGGUGGCGUAGCCCGCUCCUACCGAAGAGCACCAUACCCUCUAAGAGAGGACAGAGGCGAGGAGGCUGAAGAUGGAGAAGGCUUUGAACAGCAGUAUGAUGAGGGGAACACUGAGGAAGACUACUCGACGGAGACUGACUACGAGGGCUAUGAACAGACUGCAGCCCCUGAGCCCAAGAGGUACCAUCCUGGAGAGAAGCGCCAUGCCAUCUACAGGUGGUUCUACAAGGUCCUGGAGGGCUGUGCGGCCAAGAAGCCUGCAGACUGUGUGGUGCUAGCAGUGAACACUCAGACUCCGGACUAUGCAAAAUCGCUAGCUCUGAGCUUGCAGGAGCGCGGCCUCUCUGUGGAAAUGCUUUGCCUGCAAUCGGAGGCGGGGCUGACGCGGGCGCUGCAGGACAUCCGCUCGGACGGCUGCCCCUUAUGUAUACUCAUCGAGCAGACUAACGUAACACUGUCCUCGUGCACAGUUAUCGUAUUUUCAGAGUCCCUCAAAAUCCACCGCAACAUGCCGCGUGAGCAGGCGCUGGACUUUGUGCUGGUGGAGUUCGGGCGUGUGCGUGGGCAUGCCGCAUUAGCGGCGUUGGCCCACAGUACCCGCCAGGAGCCCGCGGAGGUGUCGUCGCGGGCGGCCGAGCUCACGGACGACUUCCUGGCGCGGGAGAAGCUGGAGCGCCACCCGGUGCCCGAGGACACGCGCCACCUGCUGCUACUGCUGGCCGAGGGGGCGCACCUGUACCCUGAGGAGGUCGACACGCUCACGCACUUCCUGCACGAGCGGCAGGAACACUUGGAAGCCUCCAGUGCCUCUGGGGAGGGUGAGCCCCAAAGACGGGGUCUGCCGCCAGGCAUGGGCCCCCCUCCUCCUCUCCUGCCCACGCCAGCCGUCCCCGGAGCCCCCACCAGGGACAGACCAGGCCCCCCUCCGCCUUCAGGAACAUACCCCAAGAGCAAGCCACCCCCUCUGCUGUCGAUGGACAGCACGCCGCCAAUGCCCCCCCACCGGCCCCCAGGUCCGCACGGUCCUCCCCCGCGGGGCCCCAUGAGAGGCCACCCUCCCCGAGGGCCCAUGGGACACAGAGGCCCCCGGGGCCCCCCUCCCCAAAACGGGCCCCCACACGGCCCUCGUGCACCCCCACCCUCACUCAUCGCUCACCACCCGCCCGGCCUACUGCCCCUGCCAGGUCCUCCACCGCGUCCCCCAAUGCCACGACACUAAGGAGACACACACACGCACACGAUUUCUUUUAUUUGGAUCAAAGUGACAAGAAAAAAGAUCCACACACACACACACUCACCUGCUCUCCCACCUCGACCCCCGUUCUGUCCCUGGGACUGAGCUCCUGCUGAGGGUGCCCUGGCCAAGAACAAGCAAUCUCAAUCUGGAAGACGUUUUUGGUUUUAUUUUGUCUUUUUUGUGUGUGUUUACAGUGUUAAAUUGCAAUGUCUUUUGUAUAUUUUGUUUGUUCGUCAAGAUUCUAUCCAGGUGAUUUGUGAUGCAGAUUUGAAAUUUUGUUUUUAAAUAAAAAAAAGUUUCUGUUUA